GCAACUCAUUCCUAUGUUUAAUGAUGGUUUCGACACUUGACGUUGAUUUAAGACCGGGUAUUGGUCUUGGUAUGUUUGAAAUAGGCAUGUCCCUCUGGACCGUAAUUGAUCUGCUAAGGCACAACACAACACUAUUUCCUCGCGCGGAAGUCAAGUAUGAUGCAGCAUCAGAGAGUGCACUGAGCCCGAUCCUUUUACACAUCAAUCCACAUCUCGACCUCCUGUUCACUGGUCAGCAUCAGCGUCUCCGUACCAUAGCUCUGCGAAGACUGGCAGAUCCAAGUCCACCGGUCACGUUAACAUACAAGGACACGGUCCUUCUGUCUGGCUCUUCGAAUCAAUCUUCUUCCGAUGGAUUAUUACGACGAAGUGAUGUAAGUAAGCAUUUCGGUCCAACAUACCCGGGUGAAGGGCUGCAAUAUCCGGGCGUUAGCUUUCUAUUCGACGACGAUGGUCCAGGGGGACUAGGGUCUCACGGGAACGAUAUACUUGUGGGUGCACUGAGGGUAGGCUCGCCGACACGUGAGGAGAGGCACAAGGAGGUCAAGCGUAUGGUGGUUAGUCAGACAAACGCGGACGAUAGAGAGAGCGAUGCUUUAGACGAAGUCACUGAAUGCGAAUCCAUGGUCGGCAGUGUAUCUCGAGCCAUCGUGAAGGUUCAUGACGGCGUAAUUCUUCACUUCUAUCCAUCAAGUUCCCGGCCGGUCCACAUUCGAAUAGGGACUACCAGUGCUCAAGACCUUACAUGUGAUCUUGGAGCACCUCUGAGGGUAUAUUAUAAGGAAGAUGAUCGUAUGGCUAUCCACUCACGGAAUAAGACACCGGACGGAACCGAAGAUAGUUAUUUCUACAAUUACUUUCAGUAUGGGAUCGACUUUCUCCUGUCUUCAUCUACGCAUCUUGUCCAGAAGAUCAUUCUGCAUACUAAUAUUUCCGGCACCCCAAUGUUCCAGCGCUAUCAGCGGUGUCCUUGGGAGAUCGAAGGCGAACCAGAGGAUGAGGAAGAUGAUACACCACCUCGUGUGAAAUUCAGCGAUAAGUUUGAUAUCAUCUCGCGCUUCCUGAACGGUGCCUCAAAGGAGACGAUGCCUUCCAUGGAGCUUGAUCGAACAGAAGAUGAACGGCUGACUCUGCCAAGCUCAACUACCCGUCUCAUUGGAUUUGAUGGGGUCGUGCUUGAGGUGACAGAAGCAGCACAAGUCGUCACCGUCAUCCUAUUCUGAUUCGCUAUACGUAAAUGAGUCCGUGCACUUGGUUCUACUGUCUAGAGUGUGAACCCCUGCAUUGAUCCUUUCAUCUACAUGGAAUACUAAUUGGAUCUCUUGAAAAUCUCUGGCCAUACGUUCCUGAGUUGCUCAAGCGAAUCGAUUGUGAUGCGCUCGCCGAGGUCAGCAGUGCUCCGGUCGGGAGUCGUUGGUAUUAUAGUCUUCUUCACACCACCCUCGGUGGUCUGCAGCCCAGCCUCACAGAAGUGAACACAGUGCCCCCACCCGAGACGACGCGCAGCGUCAACGUUCGUCAGGCUAUCAUCGACGAAGUAGCAUUUCGACGGAUCCAUCACGCCUGCUUUCUUUAAUGCCUGCAUAAACAUAUGUCAAAUAUAGGAGAAUCUACAAAAAUAUGCAACUAGUCAAAUACCGCAUGGAAGUACUCUGGCUCAGGUUUGCAAAAGAAGUCUACUUGCUGAUAGUCGCAGUAAAUUAUACCUUCAAACUGAUCCUCAAGUUCAAGUAUUCGCAGUACUCUCCGCGCGUGAAUAAUGUAUGCAUUAGUGAGUGCCCAUACACGGAAUUUUGUGCGGUCGAUGUCUUGGAGAAGCUUGCGUAUAGUUGGAACUGGACCAAUCAUAUUCUCUAGAGGUAAGGACUGGUCGCAUCUACGAUCGAAGUCUAAUGUAUCAACUCCAUGAUGACGGACUAAUCCUCUUAAUGCAAGUCCAUAUGUUUUGUAAUACUUCAGAUGCAUCGCAGACGCCUCCGCGUCUGCCA